AUGACUACUGCGUGGUCAAAUGAAGAGACAUUCAAGUUCAUAGAACUAUAUCAGAACCAACCAGUAAUAUGGAAUCCUAAACAUAAAUAUCACAAAGAUAAAAAUAAGGUAGAAGAAGAAGGUGCUGAUGAAAUCCCGGACAUGCAGCAGUCUACACAGGGGCAGGAAUCAAGUACUACGGUGUCUAUCCCAGUUCAAAAACGGCGCAGUACAAAAUUGCCUGAACUCGCAGAAACCAAUGCAAAAAUAAAAUCAACGCUAUCUACCCUUAAUGACAUAUUAACAGUCAAAAGGAAUAGAUGUGGGAAAGUUGAAGAGGACGAUUGUGAUCUCUAUGGUAGGCUUCUGGCCAAAGCGCUGAGAGAAUUUAGCGCCAUCGACAGACUAGAACUGAGACUGAAAUAG